AUGCUCCUCCGUCUCGAGCGUUACCCUUGUCGCAUCAAUUACGCCAAAGGCAUCCUCGAGGCACGAGUGCAGACGUACAAGCAUCUGAAGAACCUACUCAAGCCAUUACCCCUGGAGACCCCUACCACGUUGGAGCUGGCGCCGGGCAGUCACAUUCAAGUCACGCUAUUCGACGCAAACCAUUGCCCUGGUGCUGUUAUGUUCCUCAUUGAGGAUUCAUAUCGCGCCAUUCUCUACACGGGUGACAUCCGGAGCGAGCCAUGGUUCGUGAAUACGCUUGCCAGAAAUCCAGCCGUCAUCGAGUACACCUCUGGCAUGAAGACGCUCGAUAAGAUCUACCUUGACACCUCCUUCAUCAAGGACGUACCCUUCCAGACCAAGGCUGAAGGUAUCGCGGAAUUACUCCGAAAAGUAGCGCAGUACCCAGUUGAUACAGUCUUCCACAUCCAAGCAUGGACCUAUGGAUACGAACAGGUCUGGAUAGCUCUGGCCAAAGCUCUCAAGUCCCGGAUUCAUGUCGAUGACUACAAGAUGCGUAUCUUCUCGUCACUUACCGGCAAGACAUCCAAUGAUCGCUUCAGUUCUGCCAUUCAGCUAUGUCACGAAGCUCCUGCUCUGGCCGGCUACGUCUCAAGAGUAGUGUCAAUCCAGCCGGUUGUCGCGCAUCUCAGGAGCGGUGCUGACAUUGCUGAGAUUGGUGUUGGCGGUGGCGGAGAUGAUCUAGAACGAGACGCCGAGCUCGACCCUCUGUCAACGGAAGACAUCGCAGCAGUCUCGAAGCUUAUUGAAAAUGCGGAUAUUUCCCCAGAGGCAAAGCUCCGUCUUUCCGAAUUCCUCGAGACAGGCGCCAAAACCGGGCGAAACCUUCCCCUGGAUCUCGAUAUUGCGUUCUUUGGAGAGAAGAAUGAGGCGGCCAUCAUGGACGCCUUUCAGGCAGUUGGUCGGAAGAAACACCUUGAGGAGCAACCCUCGCAAAGCACGCAACCAACAAUAGACGGACCAAGCGGGGAACUGCCCAGAGUAAUCACAUUCCCCUACUCCCGGCAUUCGUCUUAUCAAGAGCUAUGCGAUCUGGUUCGAAUCUUUCGCCCCAAUGAUGUGUGGCCUUGCACAGUGAAUCCUGUCGACUGGCUCCGGAACACCACGAGUAUACGAUACCUGUUUGGUGAAUUCUGCUCUGGCGAUACCUUCGCCCACGACAUGGAGAUGGAGAGACUCGCCGAAAGUCUGAGGAUUCUCCAGCAACCGCUAUCCCACAGCCUUGGCGACAGUCAACUGCCGGCAACUGAUGCUCACACCACGGCGUUACACUCAUUGCAUAGUCACGAAAGCAUCGCAUCCGAUCCUUCCGCCGUUGAAAUAGAGGAGACCCUUGUGCUGGGGCUCGAUAGCAACCCCGGGUCCGUUGAGACACGGCUCCCCACACGGAAGCAGCAUGACUUCUCCUACCGGGGAGGAAACUCUCAUCAUACUCUGGAUUCCGCGGUCCCGCCCACUGAGCCGAUUUCACUCAUAUCAUCUGCCGGUGUUUCUCGCAUUCGGGCAGAUGCGUAUUUUGCCAUGGAGCAAAAUCUCCUCGGCGGGGAGUGGACGCCAAUUGGCCUCCUCUCUACUAUUGAUCACCAUACUACUCCAGAUAAGGAUCUUGGGAUGGUUUGA